AUAUAAACCCGUCCUGGAAAUCAAUUCCGUACAUUGUUCCAUUCCUCCUAUUGGAAAGAAUCAAUCCACCAGUUCAUCAAAGAUGGCUUCUCUUUUGCGCAUUGUCACCGCUGUUAUGGCUGUUGCCAUGGUCUGUGCCAGAGGCUAUGGACCUGGUAUGGGCGGUAACAUGAUGCCAAUGGGUGGAAAUAUGGGCGGUAACAUGAUGCCCAUGGGUGGUAACAUGAUGCCAAUGGGCGGCAACAUGAUGCCAAUGGGUGGUAACAUGAUGCCAAUGGGUGGAAACAUGAUGUCAAUGGGUGGAAUGGGUUCCAUGGGAAAUGGAAUGAUGCCAAUGGGUAAAAUGAUGAAAGCCAUGAUGGGUAUGAAUUCAAUGGGAUCCAUGGGCAGUAUGGGUGGUAACAUGAUGCCAAUGGGUGGUAACAUGAUGCCAAUGGGUGGCAACAUGAUGCCAAUGGGUGGAAACAUGAUGCCAAUGGGCGGAAACAUGGGCGGUAUGGGAGGUAUGUCAAUGAAAUCUUCUUACAUGUAAAUCUCCUUCCUGAUUCCCUGGACUUUAACCAAAAUGCUGCAUAUGUAAAAUGUUAACAUCAAAUAAACAACUGCAAUUUUA